AGCAUCAGUCGAUUUUCUCCAUUCGCUGCCAUGGCCGCGAUUUCACAAUGCCUGUGCUUGCUGGCACUGACAAUCCCCGCUUCCGGGAGCACUAUUAAGGUUAUGAUGAUCCACAACUCGGCCCAGAGCAACGCUGGCUGGAAGGAAGGCUUCUACGACUUCUUCGCCCCCUUCCUGAACGGCCUCGGGGGCUUUACUAUGUCCGCAGACGGUCAAGCAUACACGCUGGACACCGUCCUGUGCGAGGAGGACUUGACUACAAACGCGGUCACCAAGAUUCAAGCCUGCGUGAACAGCGCGCAGAGUCAAAGCGUGGACGCGAUUAUCGUGGGCACCUCCAGCUCCAAUGAUGACGUCAAGGCCGCCGCGGAGCCUCUGGGCAUCCCAAAUCUUCACUGCUCAGGGGGCAACCCCAUGAGCUGGACGUCCGCCACGCCCCACGCCUUCGGCUUGCACCUGCCGUUCCCCUGGUACUCCCGCGGUCCCAUCCGCCAGGCCGCCCUGCUGAAUCUGCGGCGGGUAGUGAUUCUCAGGGACCACGACUGGGGCUUCCCCCGCAUCUCCGCCGUGGCCGCCACGGAGUGGAGCCUGGAGAGCGGCCUCGAGGUGGUUGGGCCGACCCCCGCUUGGUGCAGCACGUGGGCGAGUUUUACCACGACCUGCUCCAUGCGCAACGGGAAGUGCCGAUGCGGCCUGCAAAGCGAGUUCGAUGCGUUGGGCUACAAGUACAAGAUCGAUGAAAUGCCCAGCUUUUACGAAGUUGCGGAGAGCUUAGUGGCCGAGCCCGGCUUCGAUGUGCGAGCGCACUACUUGUCCCCGGCCUUGACCGCAUUUGUGGAGGGCAUCAUUGAGGACGUGCGAUCUCAGGGUGCGGACCCUGAACUGGUGGUGAAUUGGCUCACCGCAGCGCGGAGCGGGCUGAUGGCCAUGAAGAACAAGGAGUUCGGCUACAAGAUGUACUUUGGCGGCCCCAACUAUGCUGGCACUGCCUGGAACGGCUAUGAGACCAGCUUUCUGAACGGCACCAGCGCCUUUGGCUUCGAGUACGCGCUCUACAACACCGGGGGAGGGCAAUGGCACCACGAGAUGGGGUUCUCGGACCCCUACUUCGGCAGCUCCCAGACCAUGGUCACCCAGUACACCACGCAGUUCGGGUACACCCCGGGCUACGAUGCCUCCGCAUGCAUGGCUGCUGGCACCGCCUUGGCCUAUGGCCUGCAGAAGUACGGCCAGUCCCUGACGGGCAAGACCUUAGCCCAGCGCCGCGAGGAGAUCCGCGUGUCCGUGGGUAAUCUCAAUGAUGAGACCCAGUUCGGCAUGGUCCGCUUCAACCGCUACAAUCAGAACAACGGCCGCAUGAGCGUGAACUGGCAAGUCUUGGAGGACGGAGGCACCAGGCCGGUGCUGCCGCCGGAGGCGGCCUCCACGGCCUUCCGCUUCCCCAGCCCCUCCUGGGACGCGCGCCUGGGCUGCCCGGCCGGGACCUACGCUGGGGGAACCCUCCAGGUGCCGACGACUUGCAUUCCAUGCCAGGAGGGCAGGUUCCGCGGAGUGGUCAGCGAGGGCUUGAACUUCUCCAGCUGCGAGAUCUGCCCUGAGGGCCAGGGAACCCUGCCGGGUGCGGAGGGCUUCGUGCAGUGCCAAGCUUGCCCUGCCGGCAGGUACCAGAACGGAGACUCGGACCGCGGGGUCUGCAACGAGUGCGCCUUAGGCACCGCCCGGGCGGGCAACGCCUCUGGGGGCUGCCAGUUGUGCAGCGCGGAGAGCUACGCGGACGUGAAGGGCCUGGAGAGCUGUAAGGCGUGCCCGGCCAGGAGCUUUCAGUCCGACCUGGGGCAAGCCUUUUGCUUUUGCGAGGUGGGUGCCUACAAGAAUUCCAGCGACGCUACGCCCAUCGGCACUGUGCAAGAGUGUCUUGCCUGCAGCGAUAUCCUGCCUGGCAGCACCACCCUGUACCCGAGCUCCAAGUACAGCCACGAGUGCAUUUGCCCCGCUGGCAGCUUCUGGCACCGGCCAGUGGAAGGCGCUGCGGCCCUGUGCAAGGCCUGCGGCUUGGGACUCCUGUGCCCCGGGGGCCGAGGCCAAGCCUUCAACGCGACGGCGCCGCACCAGGCACCACUGCAGGCCGAGGGCUACUCAGCAGGGGUGGGCGCCUAUGAGGGCGCAGACCCCGCCUAUGUGGUGGAGUGCAGCAGCAUGACCCGCUGCCCCGGGCAGCUGCCGCUGGGCGCGUGCCCCGCCUUCUCCUCCGGCGUCGCCUGCCUGGCCUGCGACGAGGGCACCUACGACGACGGGGGCGCCUGCCUCUCCUGCACUGAGGGCGGGAGCUUCGCACUGCUGCCGCUGGCGGUGGCUCUGGUGGCUGCGGCGCUUGGAAUGGUCGCCCUCUACAAGUUCGCCACGAAGGUGGAAAAGCCGCACCGGGAUGCCCUGAUGACGGUGACCAUCGGCGCGGGUUUGGCCAUCGCCACGGUGCAGACGCUCUCGGCCUUCAGCAAGGUGGAGGUGGUGUGGGUGGAGCCGCUCAAGACUCUCCGCGGAUUUCUGUCCUUCCUCACCUUCGACAUCGGGAUUCUGCGUCCGGGAUGCUGGUUGGGCAGCACCACGCCGAUCAUGAACUACCUGGGCUCGCUGGUCCUGUACCCGAUUGGGGCCGCUGGCGUGAUGUUCAUUUUCGGCAUUGGCAAGUACGUGCUCAAGAAGGAUGUUACGCUCAACCAGGUCAUCAACGCACAGGGGCUCAUCGUCUCAGCGGUCUACAUCGCCCUGACCUUUCUGGCAGUGAAGCCGUUCCAGUGCGUGAACAACCCGGACAACACGCAGUCCCUGGCCUCCUUCCGAAACGUCAUCUGCUGGCGGGACGACGCCCACCUCGCUAUGGUGGGCCUCAGUCUGCUGCCGUUCUUCGGUGGCGUGUGCACCUUCAUGGGCCUCAUCAUUUGGGCCGUGAUCCAGUACCCGGCCCGCGUGGCCAAACCCGGGGGCGUGAACUUUGUGAAGCGCUGGAACUUUAUCUUCGCACGGUUCAACCCGACGAGUUACUACUUCGCCCUGGUGCUGAACCUGCGGAACCUGAUGAUCGGUUUGAUCCCGGUGCUCUUGGUGGAGUUUUCGGAGCUGCAGUUCAUCACGCUGACGCUCACGGUGGCCUCCUACACCAUCUUGCAGGCUCAUAUCUGGCCCUGGCGUACCAAGAUGUCCAAUCUUAUGGAUGCAGGUUUGGCCCUGUUUUUGAUCGUGGUCAUCGUGGUGGGGAGCAUGCUCUUGGAUUUUGAUGUGGCAAGGGGCACCUACAUCAUCCAGGUGAUCCUGAUGAUCGGCACCGUGUUCGCCGCCAUUGGGUUGAUCCUCAUCUUCGUGUUGGCGGUGUAUCGUGCCUACCGACCAACCAGGACCUACGGGAUUUUCUUGAGUCACCACAAGUUGGGCGCCGCGGUGCUUUCCCGGUGGUUCAAGAUGAUGCUGUCUGAGGUGAUCAGCAGCCGGGUCUUCCUGGACUCGGACGACGUGAACAAGCUGGACGCCAUCAUCGACGUCACGGCCUGGGACUCCACGAACGUGGUAGUGCUAAUGACCUCCGAGACCCUGAAGCGCAUGUGGUGCGCUGCGGAGAUCGCGUCCGCGUGGGCUGCGGGCACCAACCUCGUCCUUGUGAGCUGCGAUGGCAACGGCUUUAGCCGGAAGCUGAUCGACCAGCUGCCGGAUCUUUGGACGGAGGAGCAGCAGGCCACGCUGCAGAGUGCCGGAGUCACCAUGAAGAUGAUCGUGGAGUCCUAUGAGUCUCUGCUGGACCGCAGCGCCAUCGAGCUGAAUCGCGUGGGCGGCGAUGCGGAACACCACGGCAAAGUGGUGACGGAGGUGGUCGCCCAAUGCAAAGGCCUCUCCAAGGGCUUCUUGCGGCGCACGCUGGGCACCUCCAGUGCCUCCUCGGAGUGCGGGUUGCUGAUGCUGGGUGAUUUGACCACCCCGGAGAGCGGCAGCUGCUGCCGGGUGAUCCAAUCCCUCCUGCAGUCCAAGCUGCAAGAGGCUGUCGAUGUGGUGGACCCUGUGGUGGCUGUGAAAGACCUGGACAGCGUGGGCAAUAAGAUGGGCGAGGCGAAGGUGAUCUUGGUGAUCCUCACCCAGGGCUUGUUGCAGCACGCCGCCUUUGCGGGGACCUUGGCGGCCUGCCCCGAGUUCAACCGGGGGAACCUCGUGCCCAUCAAGGCGGACGAGAGUUUCGUGUACCCGGACCCGGCGUUUUGGGAGAAUCUGGCGGCGGGGAAGAUUUUUAGCAAGGAGAUGCUGGACGCCUUGAAGACCGACUUCGAGGGGGUGCGCGCGGCGUACGCGCGGCUCUUCAACGUCUUGGCCCUGAAGUUCACCUCCCACGGCUCGGAGGCCAUCCAGGCCACCGAGAUCCUAGUGAUGAACGGGCGCUUGGGCCCCAUGCUGAACGAACCCAAGGCAACCAACAAACCGCAGGAGAAAGCAGAGAAAACGGAGAAGGUCAACCCCGCGGCGAGCGCGGCGAACACAGAGCUGCGACCCAUCGCGGAGGAGGAGGAGGAGCUGGAGGAGGAACGCAUCGUCUUCAGCGAGGACCUUUGAAACUCCGCCAGCGGCAAGAUCUGCUGAAGCAAGUGAUAAGAGCAACCAGAGAAAACCAAGCAAAGAACUACUUGUUUUGUUCUUGUUUUUUCGCCCAUUGGGCUGGCUGGACCCUAUUUCCCUGAGAGGAACUUCCAUUUCCAUGUCAGCAUGGAAAUUGGAAGUGGGGUUACUGCAUGCGAGAAGGCUUGGCCGUGGUUCCUAUCCCGGCGCAUUUUUAUGACAUUAUGCGACUCAACGCCAAUCCGAACCAGCGUGCUGUCGCUGGCACUGCCCGCACAACAGGACCCCAAGUCAGCGAUUCCUCUUGCUGCUUUGCCAAGCCAAAAGUUGAGUUCUCCCAAAGGCUUCGCGCCUGCAGAAGGGAGUAGGGGUCCCUUUGUUAAGCGAAAGUGUGAAGCAAGCCUUGGGUCUGAGCAGCCAGGGCCAGACUGAUGAUCACGAUGUCGGAGACA